AUGAGCAUUGUCUCCUUAAACUCAGUUGCUGUGGAGCAGCUCAUGUCAGAAAGAGAAUUAUGGCCUCAGAAGAGGAAUAAGCAGGAGCAGAGAAAACUCGGUUGCAAAAUAAAAGCACUAAGGGCCAAGACAAAUACUUAUAUUAAGACCCCUGUUCGUGGAGAAGAACCCAUUUUUGUUGUCACUGGACGAAAAGAGGAUGUAGCCAUGGCCAAAAGGGAAAUUCUCUCAGCUGCUGAACACUUCUCCAUGAUCAGAGCAUCACGCAACAAAAACGGUCCUGCCUUGGGAGGGUUACCAUGUACUCCCAAUUUGCCAGGUCAAACCACAGUUCAAGUCAGGGUGCCUUACCGUGUAGUAGGGCUAGUGGUUGGACCCAAAGGAGCUACAAUCAAAAGAAUUCAGCAGCAAACACACACAUACAUAGUUACUCCCAGCAGAGACAAGGAGCCUGUCUUCGAGGUUACAGGCAUGCCUGAAAAUGUGGAUCGUGCACGUGAAGAAAUAGAAAUGCAUAUUGCCAUGCGUACUGGAAACUACAUUGAGCUGAACGAAGAGAACGAUUUCCAUUACAACGGUACAGAUGUCAGUUUUGAAGGAGGCACACUUGGAUCUGCUUGGCUUACUUCCAAUCCUGUCCCUCCUAGCCGCACCAGAAUGAUUUCUAAUUACAGAAAUGACAGCUCCAGCUCCUUAGGAAGUGGCUCUACAGAUUCUUAUUUUGGAAGCAAUAGAUUGGCUGACUUCAGCCCAACAAGCCCAUUCAGCACAGGAAACUUUUGGUUUGGAGAAACAUUGCCGCCUGUGGGGACAGAAGAUCUUGCAGUUGAUUCUCCUGCAUAUGACUCUUUACCAACACCUUCCCAAACUAUCUGGACUCCUUUUGAACCAGUAAACCCACUCUCUGGCUUCGGUGGUGAUCCUACUGGUAACAUGAAGACUCAGCGUCGAGGAAGUCAGCCAUCCACUCCUCGUCUGUCGCCUACAUUUCCCGAAACUCUGGAACACCCACUUGGUAGGAGAUUAAGAAAUGAUCCACCCGGUACAGGCAACCAGGCUGGCCUUCCUAUAUACAUCCCUGCUUUUUCUAAUGGUACCAACAGCUACUCCUCUUCCAAUGGUGGUUCCACAUCCAGCUCACCUCCUGAGUCGAGACGAAAGCACGACUGUGUGAUAUGCUUUGAGAACGAAGUUAUUGCUGCCCUAGUUCCAUGUGGCCACAAUCUCUUUUGCAUGGAAUGUGCCAACAAGAUCUGUGAAAAAGAAACGCCAUCAUGUCCAGUUUGCCAGACAGCUGUUACUCAGGCAAUCCAAAUUCACUCUUAAAUAUAUAUAGAUAUUAUAUAUGGACUUUUUAAAUUCUCAAAGGCAUGGGUGUAGUGGUACCCACUAGUAAACUUCCUAAUGAAUUCUGACUGUUGGGCUUUCUUGGGAUUAGGCUAAAGUUGUUAAUAAAUUUAUACUUUCUAAAGGCUGCUAUGGUAACACUAAACCUAGGUGGUCUCUGUCCAGUUUGGUUUAAACAGAUGGCAUGUUUAGCAGAGAUACAUCAGGUAUAAGGUUAAGGCACAGUAGGGGGAAGUUUAGAUCAAUUGUAUAACGAGGAAAACAGAUGAAUUUUUAGAGGCUUUCUCAGUGAUCUGUAUUAAAUGUUGGUAAUUUCUAUGUCUGGAGGCAAUGAACCCCAUAGCCCAAGCAUAGAAAUACUAGUCUGCUGUGGAGGGUUUGUGGCAUUAUUGAUGUAUCAAACACACUUCCAAUGCUGCCUUAAUUACACUGCCAGUUUUGAAAAACAGGUUUUGGGGGGUUUUGUUGCUGUUUCUGUUAGGUUGGUUUGGGUUUUUUUUUUUUUUACUUUACAACAACUUAUGCCUAAUUCCUCAGCAUUUGCAAAUAAUUUUUAAAGCAUAAUUUGAUGUAUUGGAAUGGGUAAGGUUGUUGGCAGUUUUAAAUGGAUCACUGUUCAGUUUUGGGGGGUGGGAAGGGAAACUGUCAAAUUAACCUUCAUCUCGCCCAGUGUUAUAAUGUGGUGUGUUCAGAGGAUCAGGAACAUAUUGGUCUCCUUCAUUGUGAAUUCCUACCCACUACUUUUUCUUAAUGUGAUGUGGAAAAGUCUGGCUGGCUUAAUCCCAUUUCAGUAAGGGCUUUGGGAUGCACAUACUUUGGCUAAUAGCAAGGAUGCUAACAUUCCAUUCGUUAGUCUGAUCAAGCUGUUCUUAAAUUACAUUUUAGAGAGAAUAUAUCGUUCAAAAUGUGAAGCAUUUUUAUGUUCAAUCCAUACUUGUCUUGCACAUUAUAAAUAUAUAUAUUUUAUUUUAGUAACGUAAAGGAAAAAGGGGGAGGCGUGUAUGUGCCCUUGUACAGUUCAUGGAAGCAGCUGUGACAGUGGCCCUGCAAUCAGUUUACUUCAUUUCAGGACUAUUUCUAAUCGCAAGGAGAAAUGUCUUUUGAAUAUGCUUCUUACAUUUCAACCUGUGGAUGUCUAGCUUUUUUCAUCCUCAGUACGUUCCCAAAUCUGUACUGGCAUAUUUAAAACAAAACACACAAAAAACAAAAAAAAAACCCCACAGGCAAAGUGGAGUUCUAGUGAAUUUUUCUAAUUUUCUUUUCCUUGAAGCAUUAUUUUCCCAAGACAAAAAAAAAAAAAGGCUUUUUCUCAGUAUAAUAAAAAAAUUCUAUGUGUAUUGAACUAGUAAAUAUACAGAAAUUUUAUUUUUUAUUUCCACUUGAAGAGUUACAUUUCGUAUCAAAGUUUACAAAUAACGGUUUUUAUUUUAUGAUUUUCGGUAUAAGAGUUGCCUUGAUGGCAUAUUAUGUAAUGCAAAACUUUAAUGCUAAUUGCUUGUAGAAUAGUUAAAUGUCAGUAUUUGAAACCUAAUCUUUAGCUGCAGUCUUGUAGAUAUGAACAAAUGUUCACCGAGCAUGUAUUUUGUAUUUUAUUGCAUUGUACACUGCAACUAAUAAGCCAAGGAACCGACAGACGUUAGGUGCGUGUACCAUUUCUAUAAACCACAAACUAAGAAUGACAAACUAUCGAUAUAGUUUAGUAUUUGCUAAUUUUACUACACUUUUUGUUAUGUAUAUGUAGGGAAGUCAUAGGGAUUAUAAAUUCAAUUUGAGUAAAGUUUAAAAACCAUAUAUUUUAUGAUAAAGGGCCUUUAACUUAUGAUGGCCAAAGCACUGAUAUUAUAUAUUUGCUGUAAAGAGAAUUAUAAGAGUUUUAUUUUUCUGAUAUUAAAAAGUUACUUAAUAAAGACUUGUUUCCAUUAA